AUGCCUCGUAGGAAAAAGCAGGACGGGAUCAAUGACGAUAGCAUCAUAAACCCGACUAUAGAAGAUACUUCUGCCUGUGAUGCCGACCCUAGACGGUCGUCGCAGCGCAUCAUUGCCAUGAUCGAAACCCAGUCACCAACUUCUACCAGCCACAAAUCCAAGGCUGCAGCAUCACAGACCAAGAGACUCAAAGGUCUCAAGAUGGCCUCAAAAAGCUCUGACGUUACACCCCAAAACCGGGGCGAUGACAUGAGCAGCGAGGCAGAGUCAAAUUCGACUUCGGAGCUCUACCCGGACGGAGUCAAUGAUCAGCGUGCAAAGGGUGUUGGCAGUGCCAUUCAGCGCUUGUCACGACUAGAAAGACGACUUCAGCGCAACCUAAAGAAGCAGCAGCUCAAGGUGGAGAAAAGCGUGGAUUCUUUGGACGCAGGGGCUCACCGAUCAGCGGCGAAGAAGCCUCACCCUUCGCGAUGCAUAGGGGAUAUCAACACCCCGCCACCACCAGCACCCGAGAAGAAAUAUGAACUCAUAGAUCUUGACGUGCCGCGGGUUCUCACUGCCAAGAGAGACCUGUCCAUAGACAAGAAUUCUAUCCCCAAGAAAUCAGGCCAAAAAGAGUCCAAAGUCGUUGAGAGCGUAGACCAGACGCCGGGUGAGGCUGAAAGGGGUGCAGCUAGACCGCCACCUGUUGAUAGCGACUACCUGCCAUUGCCAUGGACAGGCCGAUUAGGAUAUGCAUGUCUCAACACUUAUUUACGCGCCGCAAAACCUGCGGUCUUCAGCUCGCGCACCUGUCGGAUGUCAUCCAUUAUAGACCAUCGCCACCCUCUUACUGACCCUACACAGCCUGAGCAUGCCAACAAAAACCGUCCCGACAAGUCACAAAAGCCAGAGAGACAAAGAGGCCAAGAAUUCAUCCAGAAACUUGGGUUGGCAAACGCACGAGACAUCGAUAAGAUGCUACGCUGGAAUGAACGUUACGGAAUCCGUUUUAUGCGUCUCAGUUCUGAGAUGUUUCCAUUCGCCAGUCAUGAGGAGCACGGAUACAAGCUUGCUCCAUUUGCCUCCGAGGUGCUUGCUGAUGCUGGCAAGACUGCAGCCAAGUAUGGCCACCGGCUGACCACCCAUCCUGGACAGUUCACUCAGCUUGGAUCUCCUCGUGCCGAGGUCAUCACUGCAUCAGUGAGGGACUUGGAAUAUCACGACGAGAUGCUCACACUGCUCAAGCUGCCUGAGCAACAGGACCGCGAUGCAGUCAUGAUUCUACAUAUGGGUGGCGUUUAUGGGGACAAAGCAGCCACCCUCGACCGCUUCCGCCACAAUUAUACCACGCUUCUGUCAGAUUCAAUAAAGCGUCGACUAGUUCUUGAAAACGACGAUGUCUCUUGGUCGGUUCACGAUCUCCUUCCUAUAUGCGAAGAGCUUAAUAUCCCAUUGGUCCUCGACUUUCACCAUCACAAUAUCGUCUUUGACCCUGAGAAGGUGCGGGAAGGCACAGCCGAUAUAGUUCCACUGUUUCCUCGGAUCCGGGCGACCUGGGACCGCAAGAACAUCAGGGUGAAGAUGCACUACAGUGAACCCUGCUCGGGCGCCGUGACGCCGCGUGACCGGCGUAAGCACAGUCCUAGGGUGGCGACUUUACCUCCCUGCCCGCCGGAUACAGAUCUCAUGAUCGAGGCCAAGGACAAGGAACAGGCUGUGUUUGAGCUUAUGCGGAACUUUAAACUCCCCGGAUAUGAGCGCAUCCGAAGUAUCAUUCCAAACGAGCGUGCAGACGAGCCAAGACCCCCGCCAUCCGCAUCAAAGAUUUCAAAGGGAAAGAAUGGACGUCCCGGAAAGAAGAAGAAGAAGGAGGGCGAUGAUGAUUACGAUGUCAAGGCUGAGCUUGGAGACGACAUUACACACCACCAAAAAGAUGUACCCGAGGGGCUGGGGUACGAUGAUCCUACCAUUCCGCCUGCGAUACCACUGGAAGAGAUCAACAUGGGAGGUCCCGAUGGCAGGGUGUAUUGGCCUCCUGGUAUGGAGGACUGGCUAAGGCCACUGAAGCGAGACCAGAAACGCAAGAUUGAGGAUGUGGAGGAGCAUGAUGAGUAG